UCCUCUUAUUUUCAGUGUGUGUGAGAGAGAGUGAUCCCGGGCGCCAUGACAACGAAAGCAUUAACUGCAUCCAUCGCCGGAGGAGGUAACAUCCUCUGUUCUCAUCGCUCCGGCAACCACCAAUUUAUCUCUUUGAAUCAGUUUUCGCCGUUGAAUCUCCGACGGAGCUCCAGUAACCUAGCUAAUCAGGAUCAUUUUCUUCAAAAGCCUAAAACGUAUCUUAGAUUUAAGUUUGUUAUCGCUAGAGCGGCCGAUUCUACUCAGGCGCCGAUUCCUGCGGCAGCUAUCGGUGGCAAGUCGGUGGUUGAAGACGAAGAGUUUUCGCUAGCAAAGGUCUCAUUUGGUGUUAUUGGACUAGGUCUUGGAGUCUCACUCCUGUCUUACGGUUUUGGGGCAUAUUUUAACAUUCUCCCUGGAUCUGAAUGGUCUGCAUUAAUGUUGACAUAUGGAUUUCCUCUUUCAAUCAUAGGGAUGGCUCUUAAGUAUGCAGAACUCAAACCAGUCCCAUGUUUGACUUACUCUGAUGCCCAGAUGCUGAGAGAAAAAUGUGCGACUCCCAUCCUUAAGCAGGUCAGAGAUGAUGUUAUCAGAUACCGCUAUGGGGAUGAGCAACAUUUAGAAGAGGCUUUGAAACGUAUUUUCCAGUAUGGUCUGGGUGGGGGUGUGGCUCGAAGAAAUGCUCCAAUAUUACAAAAGAUCCGCGAAGAAGUUACGGAAGAUGGUAAAUACUGCUUAGUGUUGGUGUUUGAAGCAAAAGCACUCGAGUUGGCUGAUUUCGAGAAAAGACAGGGAAAAUUUGCUUCCUUUUUCGGGCCAGGAAUCACAGCGGAAGUUGGGAUAGGAGAAGAAGCGAACGCAUAUGAUGUACGCCUUAUUUCCAACACAACAUUGUAAUUACACACAUUACAUACUGCUUGCUUAUUUGGGAAAGAGUUCCAUUAGAUUUUCUCUAGUCUGAAAACAUUGUAUCAUUCAUUAUAUAAAAGAACCAACAUAUUUCCACAGAGAUGUCACAUAUAAGGUAUCAAUAGCAACCUUGGCUCAAUAGUCAACAUUAUAGUCAGGUUGUUUGUUGUUUGAUUAUCGAGUCUUGUAUGGAUUAAAUUGUAUGUAUUGAGCAUUGACGAUAAGGAGGGAGGAGAGAGCAGCAAAGGGGAUCGACAUUUUUUAA